AUGGCUGUGGAUCGGUACAUCGAUAAUAAACACCGUGCGUUAUAUCGCCGUAAGUGUCGCGGCUCCGUAGGAACUGCGUUACUUCUUAUCGUGUGGGGUAUGGCUUUCAUUUUCGCUUUUCCUACAGUGUACAGUGUACAUCCAAGACAAUAUCGACUAGAAGCUCAGUGUACGUAUCCACAUCAUUAUUUCUCCAAAGGUGCGGAUACGCUAGGCUUAAUGGUAAGCUUAGCAACAGCUUUCGUUUUUACUAAUGUUAUUUAUGUGAAACUAUUUCUAUUCUUACGACUCCGAAGACGAAUGAGACCUAUAGUUUAUGAGCCAGCUGUCAGUGAAAACUGGGGCUUUUAUGAUCCUCGAGGCGGUAUCUCAGUUAGGAAUAGGUGGCUAGCGAAUUCACUGUCAGAUACACCUAUCGCUGUUGUAAGUCGAAGUGUUUUUCAAAGUCAUACUUUACCUACUAAUUACGAAUUAGCAUUAUGGAGAAGCAAAAAACAGAAGGAAAAUGAAAAACUGACAAAAUUAUGCCUCGCCAUUCACAUCAUUUUCUCCGUUAUGUGGCUACCUUACACAAUUGUGUGUUUUUGUUUCGCUUUAAUAUAUGAGAGGCCAAGAGUUGUUAUUCCAGAGUGGGUUGAACUCAGCGCAACGUGGCUCACUUAUUUGCAAGUAACAAUCACUCCAUUAGCAUUCUUCUCUUUGUCAGGUUUGACAAAGAAAAAUAUUGGAACGAGGAGAUUUUCGAGUGCACUUAGCAGUUCAACAACAUGA